UCCGCAUAAUGGCAAAAUUGAUUGACAUAACACGAAGUUUGGUGUUGACAAUACUCGUUUUUGGAAUAUUGAUUCAUGAAUUAGUACAAGGAAGAAAGAUUUCGGAUACAACCAACAAAGCAGUGAUCAAAACUAUCAAGGGCGAUAAUGAUGAAAUCAUCGACUGCUACAACAUAUUCAAGCAACCUGCUUUCGACAAUGAAUUGUUGGUCAAUCAGACAAUACAGAUGAGACCAGGGUCAUUCCCAGAAGGAAUGCAAUCUAACUUGGAAAAAUUUAAGCCCGCACACUCUUGGCAUAAGUAUGGAACGUGCCCUGAAGGAUCUGUCCCAAUACGAAGGUUUGGAAAAAUUUACCACCCAAAGCGGACACUUGCUCCUAAUCAAUCCCAACAGUCUAAUGAUGCAAAUAGCAAUAAUGAGUAUGCAGUAAUUCGCCUGGCAGACGAUAACUUUCAAGGAGUACAAGCAGUUAUUAACGUAUGGAAACCAGUGACUGAACCAGGGGAAAUUAGUGCAUCCCAGAUUAUGAUUGCAUCAAGCGACUAUAAAGAAGUCAUUGUAGCAGGAUGGCAAGUCAACAAAGUGUUGAACGGUGAUGACGAACCCAGGUUCUUUUUAUACUGGACAGUGGACGGCUUCCAGAGCACAGGCUGCUACAAUAACCUUUGCCCAGGGUUUGUGCAAACAUCCACGGCUGUCACCCUCGGUUCCAGCAUCAACCCAAUAUCUGUCUUCAAUGGCGCCCAAUAUGACACUACCUUCCUUGUGUUUAGGGAGCAAUCUACUGGAAAUUGGUGGGUGCUGGUACAAGGUGUUGAAGUUGGAUACUGGCCAGCCUCUUUGUUCAAGGAAUUGUCAGAAAAGGCAACAAGAAUAGAACUCGGUGGACAAAUCUUAAACACGCGCGCUAAUGGGGUGCAUACCAGUACUCAAAUGGGGAGCGGCCAUUUGGCUUCAGAAGGGGGUUCCGGAGUAUCAAGUUAUUUUUAUCGUGUUCAAAUAGUUGAUGCAAGUAAUAAAAUGCAAGAACCCCAGCAUGGUACAUGGUAUCAGACGAAUCCUAAUUGCUAUGAUGUGAAAAUUGACGAAAGAGGUGGGAAUGGUUUUAGUUUUCACUUUGGAGGUCCUGGUCUAAGCGCUAUCUGUCAGUGAUGUAUAUGGCGCAUCAAAUGAGAAGUUCCUAUGUCGUGCUUUACUGGUUUCCAUUUCCUAAUCA